GCGGUGAGACACUCUCGCGCCCGGCCCAGGACCCGGCUGCCGGAUUCGUGCCUGUGCUGCUGGAAGUGGCCGCCCAUUCUGUAAGGCUGCCCAGCUCUGGUUAAACCGACGGUCAAUUUCAAGCAACACAGACUGACCAGGAUUGCGAAGGACAGAGCCACAUCUGCCUGUCGUCUGUGGACCGCCCCCCAAAUGUCUGCAGCGGUCGAUUUUGCUCAUCACAACUUUGGCCGCCGUACCCAUUUAGAUGGUAUGGCUCAACAUCACAGCUAUCACGAGCCAUACGCUCCUGGGAACGGGCACUAUGGUCAAGAACAGCAGUUCCAGCACCCGCCCCAACCAAGACAGCUCCCGCGGCUGCCGCCCAUGGCCACUAUGAUUCCUACGGCGGCAUCAAAUCCUUCUCCGGUUCUUUCCAACGGCCGCGAUACCCCGUAUCAUGGCGGGCGAUCCAGCUACUACUCUGACUACGCAACCCCUUCACCGGUUGGGCAGACGCCACCACAGCUCCCUAUCCCAAACAGCGAUCCUCACCCGAUGUCGAAGCGGGCAGUGGAUCUCCGGCACUCGCCGACCCUCUCGUCAACAGCUAGUGACAGGUCAAACGAAGAAAUGGCUCAGGAGCUGCGCUUGAGGCAGAUGAGCAGCUUCCACGACGCCCACAGCCAGGGCCCAGUAUCACGUCAACCCAUCCACUACCCAUCACCGCGGUCAAGAGGAGGCUCUCUCCAGCACGACAUGGCCCUUCCGCCCGUACUGGCCAAAAUCCCCUCAGGAACCUCCUAUUCCUCCCCAUCAAUAAUACCCAACGGCCGGCCCCCGGCACCACAACUCCCGCGCAGCCCACCGAGCACGCAGCCAUCCACCUCACCGCGGCAAGAACCCAAAUCCAUGAGCAUAUCCAACCUCCUUAGCGGCGGCGGCGGCGGCAGCAACACCAACAGCAAUAGUAGCAGCAGCAGCAGCAGCGCCGCCGCCGCGGCCGCCACCGCCACCAACGGCAGCUCACCCAACGGCACGACCCCGCAACACCACCCGCUCCCCCCCUCCACCAGCAGCAGCAGCGCACCCCCGCGCACGCCCAGCUCGGAGCACCGCAUCACCGUGCGCCAGCAGCCCUCGGCGGCGCGCAGCUGCGGCUUCGGCGAGCGCGACCGGCGGGUGAUCGACCCGCCGCCGAUCGUGCAGCUCACCAUCCACGACGCGGCGCUCGGCAAGGACGAGGUGGCGCGGCGGCUGCGGCACCAGUUCUCGGUGGUGCACUGCAGCAUCUGGGACGACAAGGGCCAGCGCGACAUGAGCAGCAUGCCCGAGGACUUUCGCCAGCAGCGCCGCCUGAUGGGCACGCUGGUGGCGAGCCCGUUUGUGGGGCUGGAUGAGAAGGGGGAGGAGGGGUGUUUUUUCUGCUUUCCGGAUUUGAGUUGUCGGACGCCGGGGGUGUUUAGGUUGAAGUUUGCGCUGGUGGUGCUGGAUCCGGCGAGGAUGUGUUCUGGGGAUCGCUCGGCGAUCGUGGCGACCGCGAUGAGUGAGAGCUUUCAGGUGUAUAAUGCGAAGGACUUUCCGGGGAUGCAGGCCAGUACGCUGUUGACGAAGCGGUUGAAGGAGCAGGGGUGUUUGAUUAGUAUCAAGAAGGGGAAUGAGAAGAGGGAGGUUGGUGGCGCUGGGGGCAGUGGGAGGGGAGAAGAAGAUGAGGAUGAUGAGGAUGGGGAGGGGGAGGAGGGUGACCGGGUUGGUGAGCUCGGCGGUGGCGGGGAGGGGAAGGGGAGGGGGCGGAAGAGGGUCAAGAGGUAG